AUGUUUCGCUUUGUGGUUGCUCUCCUUUUAGCAGUUGCUUGCUCAGCCGACAUCAACGAAGAAGCAAUCCUCAACGAGUGCACACGGUGCAACUUACAAAAUGUAUUUGUAAAACGCCCUGAGGGUCCAAUAGACUGCCAGGAUGUUUGCAAGGACCAAACGGCAUCAUGCGAGCAGCUCAAGCUUGCGAUGACAGAACUCGUUGGUGAAGAUCUGAACCCAGAGGCUGUGGGGGAUUUAUACGAAAUUAUGUCAAUGUUCGUUGAUCCCGGCACCAUGUGCGGAAAAGUUCCAAAAUCGAAGUACGGACAACAACUGUUCCUGGGCUUGGACUCGACAAUUGGCUGCAAAGUGUGCGGCAUGGGAACCAAUUUCAUUUGCAAAACUUUCUUCGAGGGAGAGACAUCAGAGAAAAUCAACAAUGCGAUCGGUUCUGCAGCCAACAAGCUAUGCGUUAAGAUGAAGCUCCCCAAACUUAUUGAGAAGCUCAAGUUCCUGGGCGACUUCGACAUUUGCGGCAAGGCUGAAGAAAUGGCCAAGAAUCUUCUUCCAAAGAUUGUGAGCCCAUGGUUCUGCGAGAAAGAGAAGGCCUCAAAGAUCUGCGGAAAGAUGUUCAAAGACUGCACACUGUAAUUGCAUUUCCAUGAUGUUCAAGAAUUGCAAACUGUAGUCCCAUCUCCGUGUAUCCAGCCUCCUGAGUAAAGUACUUGCAUCCCAACAUUU